AUUUAGAGCCAUAAACUGUUUUCAUUCUGCUUACCUAAUUCUCAUUGACACCUAUGUAUAUUAAGUAGCAGAUGUAGGGCAGCUUGAGAUGGCUUCUUCUCUCACUGACACUAGUAUAAAUUUGAGUUGCUCCCGCGACUCCCUAAUACCUAAUGCUUGGUCGAUCCCUGAUGCAUAUUUCUUGUUGAAAGGCAAAGACUCGAGGCUGAUUUAUGUGUCCCCUGUCCAGGCGAGAGUGGGAGUCAGGUGUCUAACUGAGCUCUGUGAAACGUGGGCAGGCUUUUCGGAAAGAAGUUCACGAGGGCCUGUGCCGCGGCCUCAGCGCGCUGGGCUUCUUGUUAAUGUUCCCCUUUGCCCUUGCAGAUAUGCCCUGUGUGCAAGCGCAGUAUAGUCCUUCACCGCCGGGUUCAAAUUAUGCAGCUCAGACCUACGCGUAUGGCUCGGAGUACAGCUCGGAGAUCAUGAACCCUGACUAUGCCAAGCUGACCAUGGACCUGAGCAGUACCGAAAUCACUGCCACUGCCACCACCUCCCUUCCCAGCUUCAGCACCUUUAUGGAGGGUUACUCUGGCAGCUACGAGCUCAAGCCUUCCUGCCUCUACCAAAUGCAAUCUGCCUCCUCUGGCCAGAGGCCCCUUAUAAAGAUGGAAGACACCCGGCUCUCCCCAUACCAGCCCUCACUGCCACCCUCCACGGACGAGGGGAUGCCCAGCACUUCCAUGUACUUCAAGCAAUCUCCGCCCUCCACGCCCACCACGCCCGGCUUCCCCUCUCACCAGAGCCUGUGGGACGAGCCCCCGCUGCAGCCCCCGCAGACCUGCCUGCCACCCAGCCACCUGAUGGACACUGCCCCCAUGAAGACCGUGCCUCCGCGCUUCCCCCUCUUCCACUUCAAGCACUCGCCCCCCCACACGCCAGCCGCGGCUGCCCACAUGUGCUACGACCCUGCCUCCCUGAGCCUGCCCCUGGGCUCCGACAGACCUGCCGCCAGCCAGACGCCCAUGGAGAGCCAUUCCUACGGGCUUCACCUGCCCAAACGACCAGCCACCUUAGCCUUCUCACCGCUCGGCCUCAACGCAGCCACCUCCAGCCUGAUGGGUGAGAGCAGCGGCGGCGGCAGCAGCGGCCUCCCGUCUCCGCCCAGCAGAAGCUCCUCGUCCGGGGAAGGCACCUGCGCCGUCUGUGGGGACAAUGCCGCCUGCCAGCACUACGGGGUACGGACCUGCGAGGGCUGCAAGGGCUUUUUCAAGAGAACAGUUCAGAAAAAUGCAAAAUAUGUUUGUCUGGCAAAUAAAAACUGUCCAGUGGACAAGAGACGUCGUAACAGAUGCCAAUACUGCCGGUUUCAGAAGUGUCUCAGCGUCGGCAUGGUUAAAGAAGUUGUCCGUACCGACAGCCUGAAAGGGAGAAGAGGUCGGCUGCCUUCCAAACCAAAGAGCCCCUUACAGCAAGAACCCUCUCAGCCCUCCCCACCUUCUCCUCCCAUCAGCAUGGUGAACGCCCUCGUACGAGCUUUAACCGACUCCACGCCCAGGGAGCUUGACUAUUCGAGAUACUGUUCCACUGAUCAGGCUGCUGCAGGCACAGAUGCAGAACAUGUACAACAGUUCUAUAAUCUUCUGACUGCCUCCAUUGACAUAACUAGAGGCUGGGCAGAAAAAAUCCCAGGAUUUACUGACCUCCCAAAAGAAGAUCAGACAUUACUCAUAGAAUCAGCUUUUUUGGAGCUGUUUGUACUAAGACUCUCCAUCAGGUCUGAUACUGCUGAGGAUAAGUUUGUAUUCUGCAAUGGACUUGUUCUUCAUAGACUUCAGUGCCUUCGUGGAUUUGGGGAGUGGCUCGACUCUAUUAAAGACUUUUCCUUAAACUUAAAGAGCCUUAACCUUGAUAUCCCAGCCUUAGCAAGUUUAUCAGCUCUAACUAUGAUUACAGCUGAACGACAUGGAUUAAAAGAACCAAAGAAAGUGGAAGAGCUAUGCAACAAGAUCACAAGCAGUUUGAAAGAUCACUUAACUUUCAGUUGCCAAAACAAAGGACAACCGCUUGAGUCUGCAGAGCCGAAGGUACUGGGUGUUCUGGCUGACUUGCGUUCUCUCUGCACGCUGGGACUGCAGCGCAUCUUUUACCUGAAACUGGAAGAUUUGGUGCCAGCCCCUUCCAUUAUCGACAGGCUGUUUCUGGACACCUUACCCUUCUGAGGCAAACCACCCUCCUGAAAGGCAAAUGUCCACCAGAGCAGGCAAAUGGAUCGUGACUUACAGCUAACAUUUCUGCCCUCACUUAACAGAAAAGCAGCUCCGAGUCUAAAAUGAGGUCUU